UGUAUCUAGGUCGGGUGCCAAUUAGCAAUUCUUAUGUAUAUUAGCAUAUGCCAUCACGCUCGCCCCGCUCGACCGUGAACUCGCACAAACUCGCUCCACGGGAGGGUUCGGUACCGGGUGUCCCGAACCCACAAAACCCCGAAAGCACGGAAGCAUUGCCUGCCUCCCCCAGCCGUCGCUCAUCUAGGCAAGCCAUCUAUUGUCACCGCGGUGUCGCCUCAAAGCAUAGAGUUUGCUCGCCAUCGCCGUUUCCUACUGAAAGUAAAGAAGUUUUUAUGUUUCGAAUACAAAAUUGAGUCCAAGAUUCUCCAUGUAUAAAGAUCUUGCAGAAUAUGUCGCUGCCGGGGUCGACAGACAAUAGCAGGGCAGAUGCGAUGAAAAAUAUUUUCAGGGAUAACAGUGUUGAAGACGUCAGUUGGCUUUGUUCUUUAUCUGAAUCUGAGCUUGAUAUGAUCAUUAGCUUGAAAAUGCUUGUACUUCAACGUGCAAAAGUGUUUGGACAAGACCAAAUAGCUCAAAAAUUUGACCUCAAGAUGCUUCGAGCUCUUGGGCUAAUUAUGAUGGAAUAUGUCAAAGAGAAGGUUAAGGAGAGGCCACCGGUUGCAGGUUUGGGAGAAUCUAUUGCAUUCUUGGAUUCUUGUAAUCUAUUAAAAUGUGAUGUUGAAAAUAUUUUGGAGAGCGAGGAGAUAUUAUAUUGUAUAGCUGCUAAAUCGAGAAAGAGACAUGCAAAUAGAAGACAAAAUGAGGCUGCUGAAAAUCAGAGGAAACGGAAACACAGAGAAAAAUAGCAAAAGGUAUUGAGUGAUCUCUAAAUUAGAGGAACAACCUCAUCAAAUUUUGGUACAUUGCUCGAAUCUCAUCCCCAAUUGAAUUGUUAUUGUUUUCUUGCUUUCAUUUCUUUCCCCGCCCUUAAUGGAAACGAGUUAUCAAUUUGCAACUGUACUUUUGUGAUCACUCAAUGUCUAUGAAAUAGAAAAUCAUCAUAUUGGCUUUACCAUGUUCAAAUUCCCUAAUUUGAAUGUGUGUUUAAGAUGUU